UGCGGGUUGGGUGCCCGACACUGGCCUAAGUUUCACGUGGAUGUGAAAACUUACUGCAGCAACUGGAGCCUUGUGGAGCGGUCUGGAGAGUCACCAGUCAGCACCACAGUGGCUGGAGCCGCAGCUCAGCGGUCCAAGAAUCUCCUAGGUCAGUGGCGCUGUAGUAAAACAGGGUUGUUGACAUGCAGUGUGAUGUGACUGUGAGCUUCUCUCAGGAAGAGGGGGAAAGCCUGGACACUGCUCAUAGGGUUUUGUACUGAGACUGAACAUUGCAGAAUUGCAGCAAUCCCGUUUCUGUGGGUGACAAUAGUUUCUUGCAGUCUUCCUGGAUUCUUCUCAGGGUUCCUAAGGAAAUGACUCUGCAUGUGUGUAAAGUCUCUGUGAAUGAGUCCCACAUCUCACAGAAAGCUUGCACUUUUCAGCCACACCUGCUCAUCAUUGAAGUGUCCUGGAAGGAGGAGAGAGAGGCAACAGGAGCAAAGGAUCCAGAAGGGGCCCAAUUAUUGUUCUUGAAACAGAAACUCAGAACAGAGCAACAGAAAGAAAUGGCUGCUUCUCCAGGUCUGUUGACAUUCAAGGAUGUGGCUUUGGACUUCUCCCAGGAAGAGUGGGAAUGCCUGGACUCUGCUCAGAAGGCUUUGUUCAUUGAUGUGAUGUUAGAGAAUUACAGCAACUUGGUCUCUGUCGAGAAGCACCACAGGUGUGGUAAAUAUGAGAAGGUCUUGGAUCAACACUCAGAGCAUAUAGUCCGUCAACAUGUGAAUAUCCAAGAGAAGUCUUACAAAUAUAAGGAGCUUGGCAAAAUGAUUCAUGAGUCUUCUCCAUGUAUACCUUAUAACACAAGUGGUACUGCAGAAAACUGCAACAAGUCCAGACAUCGUAACUACCAGGAUGCUUUCAUUGAAUCAUCAAACCUAAACAGACAUAAAAGUGUACAUACUAGAGAAGAACUUUUCAAAUAUAAAGACUGUGGCAAAUGUUUAUGUUCCAACAUUAGUCCAAAUCAGAGUAUCCACCCUAUAACGAUGGAGCACAAGUAUACUGAAAAUGAUAAGCUUUGGGAUUCUACCCACAGACUUGAACAUCAAAGAACUCAUAGUGGAGAGAAAGCACACAAUUGUGGGAAAUUCUCUAGGAGCUGCUCAAGCCUCAGUACACAUCAGAGACUUCACACUGGAGAUAAACCAUGGAAAUGUAAAGAAUGUGGUAAGUCCUUUAAGUGGCUGUCUCACCUUAAAACCCAUUGCAGAAUCCACACUGGAGAGAAACCUUACAAAUGUAAUGAAUGUGAUAAAGGCUUUUCCCGGCUAUCUAGACUUAAAAGCCAUUAUAGAACCCAUACUGGAGAGAAACCUUACAAAUGCGAGGAAUGUGGUAAGUGCUUUGCUCGCUUGUCAAGACUUAAAAGCCAUUAUAGAAUCCAUACAGGAGAGAAACCUUACAAGUGUAAGGAAUGUGGCAAAUCUUUUACCCAUUGCACAGGUCUUAGUACACAUCAGAAAAUUCAUACUGGGGAGAAACCUCACAAAUGCAAAGACUGUGGUAAAUCCUUUUAUCUAUUGUCAACACUUAAAGAACAUUUUAGAGUCCACACUAGAGAGAAACCUUACAAGUGCAAAGAAUGUGGUAAGUUCUUCCAUUGGUUGUCAGGCCUUAAAAGCCACUACAGAAUCCACACUGGAGAGACACCUUACAAAUGUAAGGAAUGUGACAAGUCAUUUUCUCAGUUAUCAAGACUUAAAAGCCAUUAUAGAACCCAUACUGGAGAGAAAUCUUGCAAAUGUUUAGAAUGUGACAAAUAUUUUACCCAAUGCACAGCUCUUAAAAGACAUCAGAAAAUUCAUACUGAUGACAAACCCUACAAAUGUGAAGAGUGCAGCAAAUGUUUUUAUGUGUUGUCUCACCUAAAAAGCCAUUGCAGAACUCAUACUGGAGAGAAACCUUACAAAUGUGAGGAAUGUGGCAAGUGCUUUUCUCAGUUGUCAAAACUUAAGAACCAUUAUAGAAUUCAUACAGGAGAAAAACCUUACAAGUGUAAGGAAUGCGACAAAUCCUUUACUCACUGUACAGCUCUUAGUACACAUCAGAAAAUUCAUACUGGAGAGAAACCCUACUCAUGCAAAGACUGUGGUAAAUCCUUUUAUCUGUUGUCAAGACUUAAAGAACAUUACAGAGUCCACACUGGAGAGAAACCGUACAAUUGCAAGGAAUGUGGUAAGUUCUUCCAUUGGUUGUCAAACCUGAAAAGACAUUCCAGAAUUCACACUGGAGAGAAACCUUACAAAUGUGAGGAAUGUAAAAAAUCCUUUACCCACUGCUCAAGUCUUAAAGCUCAUCAGAAAAUUCAUGCUGGGGUGAAACCCUACAGAUGUGAAGAGUGUGGCAAGUCUUUUUAUUGGUUGUCAAACCUUAAAACCCAUUCCAGAAUCCAUACUGGAGAAAAACCUUACAAAUGUGGUGAAUGUGAGAAAUCCUUUACCCAGCGUUCUCUUCUCACAAAGCAUAACAGGAUCCAUAUUGGAGGAAAACAUGGACAUAGAAACGUGUGACAGCUUUUGAUAAAUGAUUAAAUCAUAGAAAAUACCAAGAGUUUAUACUAAUUCAUGAGGAUAAAAUGUAAUCAGAAAAGUCAAACCAAAAGGAAACCACAAGAAUGUUCGCUGUUGUGAAAUCCUCAUGUCUUGUGCAUUAGAAAUUUCAUGCUAGAGAACCCAUGCUAUGCAUUGAUUUUUGUCAAAGCCUUUACCUAGUGUUAAAAUUGUAGCUACAUCUGAAAAUUCAUUCUGAAAGAAAACCCAAGAAACUCCUUUAAUAAAGACUCCUCUUUUUCUUACCUUCAAUAUAAUCAUUUAGGAGUCAAACCAUACAGAUAGCAAGAGAAUGAGAAACGUUAAAGAGAUAACUUGUAGGUGUGAUACCUGUACAUACAUAACCAGGGAAUCCCAAAGAAUGUGCAGGAAAAAUUGUUUUUCAGUACUCAAGAAAAUUGGAAAAGUAUUUAGUCCAACUGAAAAGCACAGUGAUUCGUAUAGAAACACUAAGACACAACAGACAUUAGUAUAGAAACACUAAGACACAACAGACAUUAGUA